AUGAAGUUCUACACUGCUCAGGUUCUCGCUUUGGCCAGCAUCGCCACUGCCCUUCCUCACCCUACCUACAACUCGGGUUCCUACUCUCAGCCGAGUGCUCCUCUCACCACCGGUGUAUCUGGUCCUAGCUACGGAUCAGGUGGCGCUGGCUCAGGUCCCAGCUACGGAUCAGGUGGCGCUAGCUCAGGCCCCAGCUACGACUCUGGAUCUUCUGGAUCUUCUGGCUCUUCUGACUCUGAGGGUUCUAAGACUCCCAGCUCUGGCAAGGGAGGUCUCAACCUUCCUGGCCUCGGUGGAGGUGCCGGUCUCCCCGGUCUCGGUGGUGCAGGAGGCAAGGGAGGUCUCGGAGGCCUUGGAGGACUCAUGGGUGGUCUUACUGGCGGACUCGGUGGAGGAAAGCUUCCCGGUCUUUCCGGCAGCGGCGCUGGCAAACUUCCUGGUCUCUCCGGUGGUCUUGAUCUUCCUGGCCUCGGUGGUGCAGGAGGCGGCGCAAAAGGUGGCCUUGGUGGCCUAGGAGGUCUUCUGGGCGGACUCGGUGGCGCUGGCAAAGGCGGUCUUGGAGGUCUCCUCGGCGGAGGUCUUGGCGCAGGCGCUAACGGUGGUGCCAACGGCGGAGCUGGAGUUGGCGGAUCCGGAUCUGUGGGUGGUGGUGCCAACGCUGGAGUAGGAGGUGGCGCCAACGGUGGCGUCGGAGCUGGUGUCGGCGGCCACGCUGGAGCUGGAGCUGGUGUUGGCGGUACUGUUGGCGGUGGUGCUGGUGUCGGUGGCCACGCGGGAGCUGGUGCCGGUGUUGGCGGUACUGUUGGCGGUGGCGCUGGUGUCGGAGGCUCUGUUGGUGGUGGUGCCGGUGUCGGUGGCCACGCUGGAGCUGGAGCUGGUGUCGGCGGCUCUGUCGGUGGUGGUGCUGGUGUCGGCGGCCACGCUGGAGCUGGUGUCGGAGGCUCUGUCGGCGGUGGUGCUGGUGUCGGCGGCCACGCUGGAGCUGGAGCUGGUGUUGGCGGUACUGUUGGCGGUGGUGCUGGUGUCGGUGGCCACGCGGGAGCUGGUGCCGGUGUUGGCGGUACUGUUGGCGGUGGCGCUGGUGUCGGAGGCUCUGUUGGUGGUGGUGCUGGUGUCGGAGGCUCUGUUGGUGGUGGUGCUGGUGUCGGUGGCCACGCUGGAGCUGGUGCCGGUGUUGGUGGUUCAGUCGGUGGAGGAGCAGGUGCCGGUGGCCACGCUGGUGCCGGUGCUGGUGCUGGUGCCGGCGCUGGAGCUGGAGGCAACGGAACCUACGAUGCUUAA